ACUUAAAAGAACAUUCAAAAAAAAAUAUCCAAAAAUGUACCAAUCCUUUUAAUAAUUCACCAAAUGAAAAUUCAACACAAGAAAUGAAUGAAUUACCAACAACAUUUGAAUCAAAAGAAAAAGAAAUUUUGGAAACUUUAUUUACAUAUGAUAUAAGACCAACUGAUACUGUAAUUGAUUCCACUUUAUCAAAUCUAUUAGCUCAUUGGGAUGGUUGGACAAAAAAAAGAUUAGAGAUGCUUGAAAGAGUUUCUCUUAUUCUUUACGUCGAACGUACCCUUUCAACCGUUCGUUAUGCUGAGGUUCAGCCUUCUCUUAAUACAUUAACUGAAGAAGAAGAAAGUAUCCGAGAAGCAGUCUCACAGUAUGCACAAAAAAAGUUACAGUUAAAAGUUCGCGAAAUGGAUGAAAAAGAAAAACUCGAUCCGGAAGUUCUUAAAGAUUUAUUUGAACAGGGGUUUAUGGGUAUCGAGACAGAGUCAGAAUAUGGUGGUUCAAACAGUUCUUUCUUAGCCGCGAUUUUAGUCGUGGAAGAAUUGGCAAAAGUGGAUCCAUCCGUUAGUGUAAUUUGUGAUGUUCAGAAUACACUUGUCAGCACAUUAUUCCGUAAAUAUGGUAACGAUUACUUGAAAGAAAAAUAUUUGCCGCGUCUUGUGAAAGACACGGUUGGUUGCUUUUGUCUAUCUGAAUCUGAAGCUGGUAGUGAUGCAUUUGCUCUCAAAACUCGAGCCGAAAAGAAAGGUGAUUAUUAUGUAAUCAAAGGAUCGAAAAUGUGGAUCACAAAUUCUGCGGAAGCAGAUAUUUUUUUAGUCUUUGCUAAUUUGGAUCCAUCCAAGAAACACAAAGGAAUUACUUGUUUUGUUAUAGAAAAGGAAAUGGGGGUUAAAGUUGCAAAGAAAGAAUCGAAGGUUCCUGAAAGUAAUGUUCUUGGAGAAAUAGGGAAAGGUUAUAAAUAUGCCAUUGAGAUAUUGAAUGAAGGCCGUAUUGGUAUAGCUGCUCAGAUGAUUGGUCUAGCUCAGGGAGCUUACGAUAGUGCAUUGCCUUAUUUAUUUGAGAGGAAGGCUUUCGGAAAUUAUAUUGGAGAAUUUCAGGGCAUGCAACAUCAAUUCGCUCAAACAGCCAGAUUAUUGACAUACAAUGCGGCCAGAAUUAAGCAAGAAGGAAAAAAUUUUGUCAAAGAAGCUGCUUUUGCUAAAUUAUAUUCUUCACAAAUUGCAGAAAAGACGGCCUCGAAGUCAAUUGAAUGGAUGGGAGGAGUUGGUUUUACUCGAGAGUUUCCAGGAUCCAUAUAUGAGGGAACUUCAAACAUGCAAUUAACAACAAUUGCUAAAUUAAUAUCACAAGAAUAUAAGAAGUAA